AUGGGGCAGGAGAAGUCGGCAUCACCGCAUGGUAGAGAGGUCUCAGUGGAAUGCCGCAGUCCUCUGCACACCCGGGAGAAACGCCAACCUUCGUCAACGGCAAGCCGUGCGUUUUUCCUUCACGCAUCUCUGGCAGGCAUGUUUGGGGCACUGUCCGCCGUGGUGGGAAAACUUGCCGUGACGGAGAGUGGCGGGAAGUCACCAAUUACAGCUGUCGCAUCAUUUUCCGUCUGGGCGAACUUGAACCACGCAGACUCGUGGUGGGCCCACGUGGCGCUGCUUGGCAUUCGGGGACUGUUGUUUGCCUCAAAUAUAUUUUUCACGGCACAGAUGUGGCGCUGGUACCUUAAGGCGCUGUCUUGUGGCCCCACACCGGUCUGCCAGAUAUUGAACACUGGGACAAACUUUGCGGUGAGUGCCCUUCUUGGCUUUGUUGUCUUCCACGAAGAGAUAACUGCGAUGUGGGCGGUAGGUGCCCUUCUCGUUGUUGCCGGGCUCGCGGUGAUAGUGUCGGACGCAAGGGUCUCUGCGCAGUGA